AUGUCUGCGCUCGCGGCCAGCGUAUCUCAGCGGCGGGAGGCAGCUCUUGCUCUUGGCUCCCAGCACGAAGCCGUCAAGUAUUUAGGCCAGGACUUCGAGACCCUGAGGAGGCGGUGCUUGGACUGGGGGGUCCUGUUCAAGGACCCCGAGUUCCCAGCGUGCCCGUCAGCCUUGGGCUACAAGGACCUUGGACCACACUCUCCCCAGACUCGAGGCGUCGUCUGGAAGCGACCCCCGGAGCUGUGUGCCAGCCCUCAGUUUAUCGUUGAUGGAGCCAGGCGCGCGGACAUCUGUCAGGGAGACCUGGGUGACUGCUGGCUCCUGGCGGCCCUGGCCUCCCUCACCUUGAACGAAGAGCUGCUUUACCGCGUUGUCCCCAGAGACCAAGACUUCCAGCAGAACUACGCGGGGAUCUUUCAUUUCCAGUUCUGGCGGUACGGCAAGUGGGUGGACGUGGUUGUGGACGACAGGCUGCCCACCGAGGACGGGGAGCUGCUGUUCCUUCGCUCCGGGACGGGCGGCGAGUUCUGGGGCGCCCUGCUGGAGAAGGCCUACGCCAAGCUCAACGGCUCCUACGAGGCUCUCACUGGAGGGUCUCUGGUGGAGGGGUUGCAGGAUCUCACAGGCGGCAUCUGUGAGUGUUAUGACCUGAGGAAGCCUCCGGCCGGCCUGUUUCAGAUCAUCCGGAAGGCCCUCCGCGCGGGGUCUCUGCUGGCCUGCUCCAUUGAUGUCUCCAGUGCAGCCGAGGCAGAAACAGAGACCACAACCUGCCAGAAGCUGGUGAAGAGCCACGCGUACUCGGUCACUGGUGUUGAAGAGGUGGAUUUCUGGGGCCAUCCCGAGAAGCUGGUCAGACUCCGGAACCCGUGGGGCGAAGUGGAGUGGACGGGGGCGUGGGGUGACAGUGCACCAGAGUGGAAUCACAUCGAUCCCAGGCGGAAGGAGGAGCUGGACAAGAGAGCCGAGGACGGGGAGUUCUGGAUGUCAUUUUCGGAUUUCUCGAGGCAGUUCUCCCGGCUGCAGAUCUGCAGCUUGUCCCCGGACUCCCUGAGCGGUGACCAGCUGCACAAAUGGAACCUGGUCCUGUUCAAUGGCCGCUGGACGCAGGGCCCCACCGCCGGGGGCUGCCCGAGCUUCCCAGCCACUCACUGGACCAAUCCCCAGUUCAAAAUCCAUCCGGACAAGGUGGAUGAUGGCCAGGGGGGGCUCGGCGAGCCCCGCUGCACGGUGCUGCUGGGUCUGCUGCAGAAGAAUCGCAGGCGACGGGAGAGGACAGGACAGGGCCUGCUCAGCAUCGGCCUCAGUGUCUACAAGGUGAGGUGGAGGCCCGGGCGCAGCUCCAGCAAGGUGCCUGUAACGCUGUAUGGCCGCUCGCCCCUGCUGUUCCGGGUGGUCUUGAGCAAAGCACUCAACCUCUCUGGGCCUCAGUUUCCCUCUCCACAGAAUGGGGAUGCCGAAACAGACGUAAAAUUCGGGGGAUUCGACAUCAACACUUGCAGGGAGAUGAUCAGCUUGAUGGACAGACCCCAGAGCCAUGGAAAGGGCACCCUGGGGCUGGCAGAAUUCAGGGUGAUCUGGCUGAAGAUUCAGAGGUACCUGUUGGUUUAUGGGGAAACCGAUCACACCCACUCAGGGGCCAUCGAUGCCCACGACCUGAGGGUGGCCCUCAGGAAAGCGGGUUUCACGCUCAGCAGCUGGGUGCAGAAGACCCUUGCCCUGUGGUACACACACAGCAGAUGCUGCAUCGACUUCGAUGGCUUCUCUGCCUGUGUGACCGGCCCGGAGGCCCUCUUCGAACUGUUCAGGCUGCCGGACAAGGACCAGAGUGGCAGCCCUUCCUCUUUGAGGAACUGCUUGCUGGUGGGACUUGGAGGUUCCUGGACGUAA